AUUAAAAAUAAUGACUAAAUAAUGCUCACUCAAGAAUAAUAUAAGAUUCCUAGCUCUUUUGCUUUGAAUUUGAUUUAUUUUAACUACUUCUUUCAUUCUUUUCAGUAGAGUGAAGAAUGGUACAGUUAUUAUAUUAAAUGCAAAUUUCCUUUGUGAUCUGACAUGUUCGAUAACUACUACAAUAGUACAAUAUACUCCCUUAAACAUAAUGGAACAAGUGGGAAAUUAGAGAAAUUGAUGUUGGGAAAAAUUAAUAAUCCUCAUCUUGUCAGAAUUCUCACAGCUAAAACAUACCAUUAAGCUUUCAAAUAGUUUGUCAUUUUUCAAUAUUGUAUUUAGGAUAUUGCACCUUAAUUUGCACAGUAUGUUAAUUCAGUAAUUUUUAAAGAGAAAUUUCUGAAGAAUGAUAAAAUUUAUAUGUACUACAUGCGUACUCCCUGCUCAUACAGCACUUAAUGUUUCUUGAAUAAUUUGACUGUUAGUUAAUCGAAGAAUUUCUAGUCUUAUUAUAUGAAAUACUUGUGUUUACCUACUGGCAUGAUAAUCAAGUUAAUGCAUAGUAUUGUUUAAUUGCAAAAUAAAUCUGAUUUACUUUUUCUAAUUUGUAUAAAUAAAUUUUAACCUACACAUUGAAUACUUUAAUUAAAAUUUUAAGGGGUCUGUAAGAAGUUUUUUCCCCCAGCAUUAUUCAGAAUUCAGAAAAAUAUCAGCAGGAGAGAACAUUUUAAGUUUACUAAAUUACCAUUAAUUCAUUAGAAGCUUUAUAUUUUUUUCAUAGCUAUAACAGUAAUAAGGUCUAAAUAUAUCUUAAGAUACAUCACUGAAUGCUUAUUAAUAAAUAACGCCUAGUUAAAUUGUUUGGUACUUGAAACACAUACCUAGGAGUUAGUACCAGGGCCAUCCCGGUAAUCUUAAGUAACCUAUGAUGUAACUAAACUACAUUUAAUUAUUUUAGCUUCAGUUCUGGGACUAGGACAAAAAUGAGAAGAAUUCACCUCCUAGGCAUAACGCUCAUCCUUCCCUAAGCUUCAACCUUUCCUAAGCCAAAUUCUGGCAUUUCAGAAACGUUUUCAGUCUCAACCUGUAGUGUACCCAUUGUACCCAUUGCACCCUUCUCUGCAGGCUCCCAUACCUUCAGACUAGAGUCUUCCACACUGGUGAUAAUUUCAGAGGUUUUAAAUGUAGUCACUGCCCUCAGAUUUCCUAUUUCCUUCCUUGCCAUUUCCCAUCUUUCAUUCCCUUAGUGUGCAGUGGAUCUCAUCUAGGUGUUAAAAGGAAAACAAUCUGGUGGAACUAAUUUACCUUAAUCUGUAAAUGACUCAUGAGCCAAUUCUUCCCAAGUUUUUUUGCAUUUUUUAGAAACUGCGAGAGGUUGCUGUUAACUUAGAUUAUUUUAAAGUAAAAAUUUCAGGCUGUACUGGGAGGCAGGAAUUUUUGGUCUUCUACAUAAAUAAGCCAGAUUUCACUGGGAUUUUGCCCUUGAUUUCUCCCCACUCCUUGGAAGAGUCUCUCUUUGGAAUGCCAUAGACUUCAUAAAAAUGUGUGUAUUAAAAACACUAUAUGUAUCUAUGUAUGUGUAUACGUAUUUCUGCAUCAUGAGGAUUCAAGGGUAGUGUUUAUGAAUCCAUUUGAAUAUAAUGAUCAUUUAUAAUACUGAUACUUUUUAUUUGGGGAUAAUAUACUGCACUUUAAUUUAUAGGAACCAAGAGGAAAAAGAAUUAAGAUCUCUCAUGACUGAAAUUGACUUCUUAAAAUGCUGCUGUGGGGGCUAGACUGACAUGAUGUAUACCACUAACCACGUGUAUUCUUGUAAAAAAGCAUUCUUUUAUCUCUUGGAACAAUAGCCAUCUUGUUGCUUAUAAGAAAGGAAGUAUUGAGGAUGAGAGAAUGAAAAGGACUGUAGGUAAAGUAGCAGGAUGUGCUGUUACUAGACUGGACACCAGUUUACACAAGGGGCAUCCUUUUUGGAGUAUAAAAGGAAGCUGCUAAUCAGGAUCUGACUCAAAUGUUGAAUUUCAUUCAACAGAAGCCUUUAUAGAGAUGUUAUUCUAUGUUGAACACUUUGCUUGGAGCAGAGGGGCAUAAAAGAUAAAUGAGACCUAGUCUCUACUCUCAGGGAGCUUACAGCUUAAGGCAACCUGUUCUGCAGGCUGCUUGUCUGUUCCACGGCUCCUGAUGUUACAACACUUAGGAUAGCAUUUAUUUAUAGUGUUUAAGUGUGUGUGUACCUAUCUCCUGAUUGUUAACUGAUCUUCAUGAAGAACCAUUUGAGGAAAUCCAGUGUAUCUGUUUGGCACGAGCAUAGGGGCAACUUAGGAACCAGAGAGGAGGCUGGACAGGUCUGGAUGCCUAAAUAAGUAGUUUGGAUAUUUUUUCUCCAGAAAGUGGGGAAAUUUGCAUAGGUAAGUAAAGAGCCACACCUGUACUUGAGGAAGAUAAAGUUGGCAUUGCUGUGUGGGAUAUACUGAAGAUGAGGAAGCUGUUUUCAAAGUUGGGGCAGGAAGCAAGAAAACUUAGAUUAGGUACUCUUGAGACAGAGAAAGAAAAAGGGUGGUGCUGGGGCCUAAGGACAUGUAGAUUUGAGGAAGGAAGAGGAGAACAGGAAGAUGAAUGGAUGAAGAAGAUGUGGUGUGUAUACACAUAAAGAGUGGAAUACCAUUCAGCCAUAAAAAGUGAACUGAAUGGAAUUGGAGGGUAUUAUGCUAAGUGAAAUAUGUUAGACAAAGAAAGACAAAUAAGGUAUGCUAUCACUUAUAUGUGGAAUCUAAAAAAUAAAACAAAGUAGUGAAUAUAACAAAACAAACAGACUCACAGAUACAGAGAACAAACUAGUGGUUGUCAGUGAGGAAAGGGAAGUGGGAGGGGCAAGAUAGAAGGAGGGGAUUAAGAGGCACAAACUACUAUAUAUGAAAUAAAUAGGCUACAAGGAUGUAUUGUACAGCUCAGGGAUAUAGCCAGUAUUUUAUAAUAACUAUAAAUGGAGUAUAAACUUUAAAAAAUGUGAAUCACCAUGUUGUAAACCUGAAACUUAUAUAAUAUCGUACAUCAACUAUACCUCAACAAAAAACUUUUUUAAAGAUAGAAUCUCUACUUUAUUAAUCCAGGAAACUGGAAGAGUAGUGGUGCAACUGAAAGAAAUAAGAGUUGGGAAGAGUAGAUCUGGGAAUCUGGAAGAAGGGAGGAAAAUGAGAUAACAUACUUGCUUUUGGACUUACCACAUUUGAGAUGUUUAGACAGUCUCCAGCUGGUAGUUGAAAUGCUGAAUUAUCAGAAAAACAAUAUGGGCUAAUGAUUCUCAAACUUCUCAGGUACGAAGAUCACUUUUUAAAUUAAAAAAUGUUAAACCCAUCCACAGUAAUGGCCACGGCCUUACCCAGAACCCUGGGGGAGUUGCAGCUGUAUAGAAUAUUACAAAAAGCCAAUCUGCUUUCUUAUUUUGAUGCCUUUAUCCAGCAAGGUGGCGAUGAUGUCCAGCAACUCUGUGAAGCUGGAGAAGAGGAAUUUUUGGAAAUCAUGGCACUCGUGGGCAUGGCCAGCAAGCCCCUUCAUGUUAGAAGGCUACAGAAGGCUUUGAGAGACUGGGUUACAAACCCUGGCCUUUUCAAUCAGCCGCUGACAUCCCUGCCUGUUAGUAGCAUACCCAUCUAUAAAUUACCAGAGGGAUCACCAACGUGGCUGGGAAUAUCCUGCAGCAGUUAUGAAAGGAAUAGCAGCGCCCGGGAACCUCAUUUAAAAAUCCCCAAGUGUGCUGCCACCACCUGUGUGCAGAGCUUGGGACAGGGGAAAUCAGACGUGGUGGGGAGCUUAGCACUGCAGGGUAUUGGUGAGUCCAGACUCUGGCAAGGCCACCAUGCCACCGAGAGCGAGCACAGCCUCUCCCCAGCUGACCUUGGCUCCCCAGCUUCCCCAAAAGAAAGUAGCGAGGCGUUGGAUGCCGCUGCUGCGCUCUCUGUAGCUGAGUGUGUGGAGCGAAUGGCCCCCACGCUGCCGAAAAGUGACUUGAAUGAAGUGAAAGAGCUGCUAAAAACCAACAAGAAGUUGGCGAAAAUGAUUGGUCACAUCUUUGAGAUGAGUGAUGACGAUCCACACAAAGAGGAGGAAAUUCGAAAAUACAGUGCAAUAUAUGGCAGAUUUGACUCAAAGAGAAAGGAUGGGAAACAUCUCACACUUCAUGAGCUUACUGUUAAUGAAGCAGCUGCUCAGCUCUGUGUGAAGGAUAAUGCCCUGCUGACAAGAAGAGAUGAACUUUUUGCCCUGGCCAGGCAGAUUUCUCGUGAAGUCACCUAUAAAUAUACAUACAGAACCACCAAAUCAAAAUGUGGAGAAAGAGAUGAGUUAUCCCCGAAGAGAAUUAAAGUGGAGGAUGGGUUUGCAGACUUUCAGGACUCCGUGCAAACACUCUUCCAGCAGGCUAAAGCCAAGAGUGAGGAACUCGCUGCUAUUAGUUCACAGCCUGAAAAGGUGAUGGCAAAGCAGAUGGAGUUCCUCUGCACCCAAGCUGGCUACGACAGACUGCAGCAUACUGAAAGAAGACUGUCUGCAGGACUUUACAGGCAAAGCUCAGAAGAGCACAGCCCUAAUGGCUUGACUUCUGAUAACUCUGAUGGACAAGGAGAAAGGCCUUUAAAUCUCCGAAUGCCUAAUUUACAGAACAGACAACCCCAUCAUUUUGUGGUGGAUGGGGAGCUGAGUAGACAUUACUCCAGUGAGGCGAAGUCCCACUCGUCAGAGAGCCUUGGAAUUUUAAAAGACUACCCUCACUCAGCUUUUACUCUAGAAAAGAAAGUCAUCAAAACAGAGCCUGAAGAUUCAAGAUAGCUGUGAUUCUCCCACUGUUCUCUGGAAAUGGCAUCAAAUUUAAUGCUCCAUCAUAGAAAUAAGCCUUAAUAACCAAUGUUGCCUCAUUCAGCACAAACAGAUUUCAUAGCCAAAGCAUAAGGACUGAUCCUGUAGUCUGCGGAAACCAGGAAGAGAAAACUACAGCCACAGAAGAGAAAAUUGAGAGAAUGUUGCAAUCUGUAACAAAAAUAUUGAUCCACUCACAUUCCUCUGUAAGUCGUUUUAUGUGGAAAGGCUUACAAAUUAAUAUUGUAAGCAUUCAUUAUUUAAGAAUGUACAAUGUAUUUGUGUAAUUUAUAGAAGUAAAGUCUAGAUGUUGAGACCUGUUUGGUCUAAUUGGUGUGGAUACAGUUUAUUUUACUUGAAAUUUCAUUGUCUACUUUAAGUGUGCUUAGCAUAAAUAUUAUUGUAUGUCAGAGUUUAGAAUCUCAGCAGUCACAAAAAAGAAAGUUUAAGUGAUGUAGUUAUUGGCAAGGUUGCAAUGACUUUGGGAAAAUGGAAAGCAAAUAGUCAAUUUAAGCCAAGGAAAAUAUUGUAGAUUUAAUGUCUGAUGAAACUGAUUUUGUUUAACAUGAAAUGUGUCAUUUUUAAUAGUCAAAUGUCAUUUUUACUGGCUUAAUCAGGCUCAUAGUUAAUAAAUACUGAAGUAAAGUCAAAAAGAUGAGCAAUAUAGUAGAAAAUCUCUCUUACCUAAGUUGACCCAGGUUACAUUAUACGAUAGCUACUGAAGGUGUAACAAAAAUAGGAAGCUGUUACUUGGAUAGAGAACUUGAAACAGGUGGACUGAUGUGUAAAAGCUUUGACUUAACAUUGUUAUUUCAGAAUGUGUUACGUAGGUUGAGACAAAGAAAGUCAACCCUAAAUGUGAUAAGCAUGGUGUCUGUUAACAAAGGCUAUAAUAUAUAAUUGAGUAAGUACUGUUUUAUAUCCAGAAAUUCUUCUCUACUUACAGUCAGAGAAACUAGAUGGCUCUCCCUAGGGAAUGUCUCCCCACCCAGAACAUCACAAGUGCAGGACGAUCAUUGCAUCCACAUUUGCAGGCAUAUUUCUAGGGAUUUUUAGUUGACAUCUACAUUCAUUAUUUAUUUUACAAUUUCAUUUUUGUAAAAUUUUCAGAUUGUGAAUGCAGUUUUUUCUUAAAAUUCAUUUUAACUUGAAAAUAUGUUUUAAUUCUCCCUAUUUAAUUAAUGGGCUGUAUGCAUAUAUAUAUGACGGUGUGCUUAAAUGUUAAUAACAUACUUCCAUACUUACCAGAAUUUCACAUUGGAAUCCGUAGUAAAAAAAAAAACAAACAAAUACUACUUCUACCAAUUUACAGUUUUUUCUCUUGGUUUAAGAGGAGAUGUUUGACAGCUUUACCUACUUCCUCCAGAUUCAUCUAAACCCAGACAUUGCCGAGAAGAGCAUAUUGACUUGGAAUAUGUGUUUUUUUUGUUUUCAGUUCUGUUCUAGGUUAUAACUAUGUAAAAAAAUAUUAAGUUAUAAUCUGUUAUACUAAAAUUCAUCAGCCAAAUGUUAGAUGAAAUGUCUGCACUGUAGUCUCUGAUCACUGUCACAUAUAUAUUUGCUUUUUCAUUUUGAUUUGUAGAAUAGCUUUACAGUAGAAACACCAGUAAACAAUUUUAUACUAUUAAAAAGCUUUUUUCCCUUCCUAAAUGUUUUGAUUGUACCACAGUGUUUUGCCCACUGAAGAAGCUUUUUAUGGACCUUGCAACUUUGUUGCUAGCUUGAGGUUGAUUAUUGUGGUUGUAUUGUUCACUGUGUGUAGAAAUAGUAUGAGUAUGAUUUACAUAGAUUGUUCAGUUUUUAAUAUUAGCCAUAGAACUGGUUAGUAUCUCAGUAGUUUCAUGAAACGUUUCCUGUAUUCUAAUCUAUUUUGAGAAAUUUUGUGGGGUUUUUUUUUAUUGUGUCUUAUGGUUCAAGUUUGUACAUUUUAAUAAGCAACAAUUUUUAAAGAUGUGGUAAUCUUCCAACUAAUAUUUAUCUGUCUUUCAUGAUCCCACAAACUGCAUCUUUAAAUCCAUAAAUAAGUUUCCUUAAGUAUCAUACUUUUCUGGUCCUUCAUGCUUAGCGAUAAGGGGGAAGCACAAGAAAAAUUUCAGUAGAAUACAGUUUUUAUUUUGUAAACACUAAUGUAUUAAACUUGCUAUACAUUGAAACAAAUAAUAUAUAUUUUUAUUUGAAGUGUAUAUAUGAAUUGGAUGUUAUAACUAGUUGAUUUUUUUCAUUGUGUUAGAGGUAUUUUCACUGAACAAGGUCAAUUGGUUACCUCAGUAUUACAACCAAUAUAGUCCAAGGGACCAUUUCUCCCCAAGAGUGUGCUGUACUUUAUUAUGUGAAGUCUGUUUCUGUGACUCUUAAAGCUGUUGGUGAGGUGGGACGAGUGCACUUGCUUCCUGUGGCAAUAAAGACUUUCUGUGCCUCACACA